ACAUAUUCAUACACACAGCAUUCCGUCAUACGGAGACACAUAAUUCCGUAGAGCUCAUUCGGUGCCUUGGACGACGGCGUGCGCCCCCGACUCCAUCGGUGGAUUUACGUUUUCGGUGGUGCGACCGAGCACCUCUACAGUAAAACCCGUGUGCAUUAAGUGUGUGGCCCGGCAUCGGUGUUGGCAGCAUGGUGUGCUAGUGAACCAAUAUUAUUAGUACCAGCGAGCCGUGAAACUCUUUGUUCUCAGUCUCGGAUAAUUGUCGUUUUGUGCAUGUACUACGUAUGUGUGUGUGUGCCGUUCCGCGUUCACAAUUGACGUUUGAAAGUUGAAGGACGCGCGAGGAUGGCUCUUGCAAUUAGUGGUACGAGUUCUCCUUCCUACGCGUCGCGGUGCCAGUAAAUCAGUGAUGCAAUCCUAGUGACACACCGCACACAAUACACACAUACACGAACACGAGAUGGACUUUCAAAAGCAGAACGGUUACUAUGGUGGGCCCGUGGCGUGGAAGUACCCCCCGCAAGGCAACCCCGACAGUGGAUAUGGCUCCGACGAAUUCGGCCACGACUCACCACGCUACACGUCGCCGGGUGGUGCGGGAGCGGCGGCGGCCGCCUCCACAGGAUACUACCUAGGCGCUGACGGCACCCCAAACACAGUAGGCGACUGGCCACCGGCCUACGGCAACGCGUACAACCAGUACGAGUCGUAUGGACUGAUACAGGAGGCGGAGGCGGGCGCUCUGCCGCCUAUGUCGUCUCUGCGACCGAAUGGAGCUCCAGCGCCUGCUGGUCCGACACCACAGGGCUUCGGCGCCCCCAAUCACACCGACAACGGAGUUGUCAACAAAGCCCUUGGGAUUUACCCGCCAAGCGCGAGCUCCUACAGCUCAGCGCCCAGUACGCCCCCGGUCAGUUCGCCACCGCCACUGGCGCCCUCCGGCUGGCUGAACACACAACACAACAACCCGCACUCACCGCCCCAGUACACGCAGGCGGUCAAUGUAAAUAAUGCACCUCAGGGAUUACACAUGGCCCCAGCACCUGAAGCGCAACAUUUAGACGAUGCUAUAGGCUUUUUAAGGGACCACGCUGAAGUCAAUUUUUGUGGUGGUAAUUUGCAGGGCACUCGCAUGGAGGAAAGACUGGACGACGCAAUAAACGUUUUGCGAAAUCACGCGGAGCAACAGUUAAUAUUAGGGCAGCUUCCCAACAAUUUGCCGCAGCAGCACCAGAUGACGCAGCUCGGUUACUCGGCGGCCCCGCCAACGACGGACCCACAUCUCGGAGAUCCAGUCAAAGUCGAAAGGCCCACAUAUAACACAAAAAAGCGGAAGGAACCCCCAGAUAGUGAUACGAAACCAUCGAGCUCAGAAAUAGUGCAACCAAAUUCAACCAGCGGACCUCCAAAAAUGUCGAAGCGAUCGAGGAAAUAUAAUGCCGAUGAAGAUGAAAUUGAUGACCCAAACAACAAGGCCGUACGCGAAAGAGAGCGUAGACAGGCCAACAAUGUCCGAGAAAGUUGUUCCAGUGCGGAAGAAACGGAAGAUGGCGAAUUAGAUCCCGAUAUCAAAGCGCAAAGGGAGAAAGAAAGGCGGCAGGCCAAUAAUGCGAGAGAAAGAAUACGUAUCCGGGAUAUAAAUGAAGCGUUAAAAGAAUUGGGCAGGAUGUGCAUGACGCAUUUAAAAACCGACAAACCUCAGACGAAACUGGGCAUACUGAAUAUGGCCGUCGAGGUGAUCAUGACACUGGAGCAGCAAGUCAGAGAACGAAAUUUGAAUCCAAAAGCGGCCUGCCUGAAGCGGCGGGAAGAAGAGAAGGCUGAAGAUGGACCCAAAUUAGGACCAGGACCACAUCACAUGCUCCCCGCGCAACACUACGCCACAUCAAUACCUUUUCAGGGAGCGCCUCCGACCAACCUGCCCCACAAUCCGGGUCUGCCGCCCCAAUAGCAGUGCUAGUGCUAGGCCCUGUAAAAUAAUUUACAUUCAUUAAGUAAAGAAAUAUAUGCAUGUUGUCUCGUUGGCAAUUUCUUUUGGAAAAACUUAUGGCUUUUUGAUGUUGCGUGGCAUUAAAACAAAAGCGACGAAGUAUUAAAAAAUAUGUGCACAAGUGGAUAGUCCAGACAGUCUUACUAGCUUGUUCAUAUGCAGUUUGAGAUACGUUUUUGUUAAUCAAGAUUUGUGUGCCAAAUUCACGAACAAUACUCUCUAUAUUUUUUGUAUUAAGUUUAAUUGUAAUAUUGCGUCACGUCCACUAGUUUGUUAACGGCUCUACUUAAACUGGAUUUAUAACUCGUUACGUACUUAGUAAUCGUAAAUUAUUGUGAUAUUUUCCGCCACAAAUUAUUUAUAAACACAACAGACUAGUGAACCUGUGCGCACGCAUUAUUGAUCUCCUUUAUGCCAUUCUAUAAAUGUGACAUAUUUUUAUAGUUGUAGCAUUUUUCUCUUCUAUGCCCCUUAUGAACAACUACUUAAAUUGUGCCAUUGGAAUAAGAUACGAACAUGUUCUCUACAUGUACAAUCAUGUGAUAUGUAUGUACACAUUGUGUUAUUCAAGUCUCUCAAGCUGCAUAUAACAGAUGAACAAGGAGAAAUCAUCAGCAACACUCGAAGCUACCCAGUGUAGAUUUAUCGUUUUGUUUAUAAACUGAUUAGGAUUUAAUUUGUUGCAGCUCGUUUGAAACAGAUUAAGAUUUACAUUCACAGUCCUUUGAUAUUCUUUCUACAUAUUACAUACACCAGUGACGUUUGCUUUAAAUUAAAUUGUGGAUUGAAUUUUUGGCCUUAUCGAGAAAAAGUACCACAGGAUUUGAUAAAUUGCUUUCCGUUUGAAAUGUGCUGCCUUUUCGUCUCUUAACACAUAUGUACUGAGCAAAAAAUCGAUAGUGACACUUAUUUAAAAAAAAAAUCUGGUUCAUCGAAGACAAUGAAUUUUUUUAUAGGGCGAGUGUGAAUUUUGUAAAUAAAAUUUUUUCAAUUCUAUGAGAGUAUAUUGUACAUAUAAAACGUUGUUGUGUCAUGCAACAGUAGCAAAAAUGCAUCGAAUAAUUUACAUUACGUUAAACACAUCUAAUCAGUUUAUAAGCGACCUAUCUGUCUACUUGCGCACAUAAUUUUUAACACCUCGUCAUCACUACUUUUGUUCUAAUGUCACGCAAAAGCCAUAGGUCUUUCCAGAUGAAAUUGCCAAUGAGAGCUCUUUACUUAAUGAAUGUAAAUUAUUUAUUUUUUUACAAACCGCGAACAAUAUUUUGAUUUACCCAUUUUGAGUAUGAUCAAAUUAAAUACGUUCAAUUUUAAUUUUAAGUUUAUAUUGUUUAGUAUAACAUUUUAGGUAGAUUUUUCAAGAUAAACAUGUAACAUUUCACACUGUUUAUUAUUUUAGUUUUUUAGUGAAUUUAUAUUUAUAUUUGUUUUGAUUGUUAAGCAUAUUUUUAAUUAUUUCAAUUGGCCAAAAUGUACAAAUAAUAAAUCAAUAUGUAUUUUAUUUGAAUAAACUGCUUGAACGACAUUGGAGAAAAUUAUGACUGGGUUUUAUCAGUGGGAUGAUUUGUUCUUUCAAUAUACUGCAACACCAGCGUCAUACAACCAACAACAUUCAUUAUAUUAAAGAAUGUAGAUAGAAAUUGUGCAAUCUUCACCGAGAAAUACAGAAAAAAUCCAAUAAUAAUGUAUAUUGUAAGAACAAACGGUUAAUUUAUUAUUUUAAAGUCUUAUAUAUGUUGUUUUGCAGUCAGUGGUACUUCUAUUUAUUCAAAUAAGGUAUGACACAGUUGAAAUAGUUAAGUAUUAUCUUGUUGUAUCCUGAAAUUUAUCAGUUUUAUAAGUUUUUUUUACUUGCAAUAAUUUUAACUGCAUAAUAUAUUUUUUAACUUUUUAAAUAAUUUUAAAUACCAGUGUUAGAUUUUGGAUUCCAGUGGCAGCCUUUUUGAUGAUUGGCAGCAGAGAAAAUGUAGCACUGAUUGUUUUUGGCACUAAAUUUAUAUUUGAAAAACUAUCUGGCAGCCAUUUCCUCCAUUGAGAAUUUUCCAGUAUUGGUGCAAAUAUAAUUUCCGCGGGCGCCAAUCUUUAAAAGUCACCGGCUGUUUUCUACGAAUUCUGUAAAAGUGUUUAAACAUUUUAUAUUAUAUAUUUUUGUAGUAAAUGAAGAGUCGUUGACUUUUAAGCAGGUCCCGUUGGUAUCAUUAAGUGAUUAGACAAUUUGUAAAGCUUACCCUAACCUGUAUAAACGUUUAAAGCGGAUGUGUUUUUAAGUAUAUAAAAAGUAUAUAUGAAUAAAAUAUUGCGUGAUGAGAGAUAAGUUAGGUUAUACAGCUAGACUAUGAAACUUAAAAAUAAAAUGAUUAUCAAACUAUAUGUAAUAUACAAUACGUACAUAAUAUACUAUGUGCCAUUUUUCGUA